AGACGGGUCUCUGCUGCGCAUUGCAGCCGUUGCACCACUCGUUGCUGGGCGGAUUGGAUCAGCAGUCCUCAGUUUCACAAUGUGUUUCAGUCGUCUUCUUGAUAGCUCUGCAGAAGGACGUCGCAUCUAAUGAAGGAUAUGCUGUAUUUGUUUUGUGUAAGAGACCUUACAGUAUCUUUUUUAGCCAUUUUUAUGACUUGAAGAGCCCCAAAAUAUUUGUUUCAACGGAAGCACCAAGUCGGAGAUGCCAUGACUGGUGUGAUGACUGGUCGAGUGGAACAUGAAGAGGUACUUUUCUCAUCCCUUUGAUUACAUUUCUGAACUUAGUUGGCCUCAGUUUCCUUUUCACGCCUCAUCUGUGUCAUUUGUGCCCUUGAAUCAUUGCAUGAUGGUCGUGACCCCAUAUCAUUUGCAUGAAGAGUUGACUCAAAGCUUCCCAUUUGAAUACUACACAAAUUUCGAAGAGCAUUCCAGCCUAGAUCCAAUUUACUACAAAUCUGAGCUCUUUACAAUACAGGCCUGAGAAUAUCCUGGAAUAUUUAAAUAAAAAAUAAAACAUGUUUCUUGAGUCUGUAAAUUAGAUGUUUGAUGAGUCAAAUGUCUUCACAGAUGUGUUUCAUUCGUAUUGUGUGUGUUUGUGCAUUGACCCAAAUACUCAUGUAUGAUUAAACUAAACAGCCUGAGAAUAAUAUGUCAAAUUAUUUUUCUUCCAUAUUUCUUCAGAUGCAGAAGUGCCCAGUUGCGCCCCUCCCCAGUAAAUUUGCAGCAUUGCUCUUUAUAUGGGGGUGGGAUGUAAGGGAUGUCCCAUUCGCCACUGCACUAAUUUGCAAUGCAUAACUCACCAGACAGCCUCCUCCUCAGUCAUUUCUGGAGAGUUUAUCAGGUACUGUGCUGCACGCCAGCCUCCUGCGCGGCGCCGACGCUCACAACACUGCAGUCGAAUUAGAUGAUGUAGGGAUUUCACAUCCGCCGGCGUCAGACAUACCGAGACAAGACGACGGUUUGGUUGACAAGGGGGAGAGAAUAGGCGUGUGAUCGAGCACGUGUGGAGGCAGAGAUGGAGAAGAAGCCUCGUGGUCUGGAACCUCCAGAUGUUAAAGACUACCUCAUAAAAGGGGACAGGUUCAUCAAAUGGACAGAAGAGUCAAACCGAACUUCACCUGUCACCAUGAAAAUGGACCCGAAAGGUUACUACCUCUACUGGACCAAUCAGAACCGGGAGACAGUGUUCCUGGAUGUUGCCACCAUCCGAGACACAAGAUAUGGGAAAUAUGCCAAAAUGCCAAAGCAGCCCAAGGUCCGCAAUGUCUUCAACAUGGACUUCCCAGACAGUCACCACUUAGCCAAAAUGCUGACCAUUGUAUCCGGCAUGGACAUGGUGAACCUGACCUACCAUAACUUCUUUGCCCACAAGGAGAAAGUAGUGGAGCACUGGGCGGAAGACAUCCUGGCCAUUGCUUACAACACGCUGAGGAACAACGCUUGCAAACAUGUCUUCCUGGAAAAAGUGUUCAUCCGCAUCUCUUUGCAGACCAACAAAGAUGGAAAAAUCCCUGUGAAAAACAUCUAUAAGAUGUUCCCUGCGGACAAGAAGAGGGUGGAGAGUGCACUGGCCGCAGCCAAUCUGCCAAAAGGAAAGGGGGACACCAUGAAGCCAGACGUCUUCACCGAAUCUGCCUUUAAAGUCUUCCUGACGCAGCUGUGCCCCAGGCCAGAAAUAUAUGAAAUCUUCACAACCUACUCUACCAAGCCGUAUAUGACAAAGGAGAACCUGCUUAAAUUCCUCAACGAGAAGCAGCGCGACUCACGGCUCAAUGAGGAGCUGUUCCCGCCUCUGCGACUGGAGCAGGUGAAGAUGAUUAUUGACAAGUAUGAACCCUGCUCCUCCACUGCCAACCGAGGCAACAUCUCCCCUGAAGGGCUCCUCUACUACCUGACAGGGCCCGAUCUCUCUGUUGUGGCACUCGACAAGCUCGCCAGGUACCAGGACAUGAUGCAGCCAGUGCCUCACUACUUUGUCAAGUCAUCUCACAACACCUACCUCACAGCGGGCCAGUUUUCCGGCGUGUCGUCCCCGGAGAUGUACCGCCAGUGUCUUCUGGCUGGAUGCCGUUGCUUGGAACUGGACUGCUGGAAGGGCAAGCCUCCAGAUGAGGAUCCAAUCAUCACUCACGGUUUCACCAUGACCACUGAAAUCCUGUUCAAGGAUGUGAUUGAGGCCAUUCACGAGAGUGCUUUCAAGACUUCCCAGUACCCGGUCAUCUUGUCCUUUGAGAACCACGUUGACUCGGUCAAGCAGCAGGACAAGAUGGCAAACUAUUUGAGGACCAUAUUUGGCGAUUCUCUCCUUGUUGACCCCCUGGAAAAGUAUCCUCUUGAGCCAGGCCACCAGAUUCCAAGCCCGGCUGAGCUGAUGGGGAAGAUCCUGAUCAAGAACAAGAAGAACAAUAACGACAAACAGAGCCAGGGGGCUGCCAAGAAGACCACAGGGCCGGAGCAGCACCAUGGCACGUCUGGUGUGGAAAGCCAAGACGGCGAGGUGCUUGACGACCAUGAGGAGCAUGAUGACCAUGAUGAGCAAGACGAAGAGAAAAUGAAGAACUCUGAUGAGGGCACGGCAGGACAGGAAGUGACAGCGUAUGAAGCCAUGUCCUCCCUGGUCAACUAUAUACAGCCUAAUAAAUUCAUCUCCUUCGAGAAUGCCAGAAAGAAAAACAGGAGUUAUGCAAUAUCUUCCUUUGUGGAGACCAAAGGCAGUGAUCUGAUCUCCAAGUCGGCUGUGGAGUUUGUUGAAUAUAACAAGAGACAGAUGAGCAGAGUUUAUCCCAAGGGCACCAGAAUGGAUUCCUCUAACUACAACCCUCAGCCUUUCUGGAACGCUGGGUGCCAAAUGGUAGCACUCAACUACCAAACUAUGGAUUUUCCAAUGCAGCUGAAUAUGGCCCUGUUUGAGUUCAAUGGGAGGACAGGUUACCUUCUUAAGCAUGACUUUCUGCGCGGAAGUGACAAGACAUUCGAUCCUCACACGGACCGGCUUGAUACUAUCGUGGCCAGCACUCUGACAGUCAAGGUCUAUUCUGGCCAGUUCCUAUCGGACAAAAAUGUGAAAACAGGGGUAGAGGCAGAGAUCGUAGGGCUGCCCAAUGACCCCAAGCGCAAAUUCCGGACCAAAUGGUCAACCACUGCCAAUGCUAUUAAUCCGGUGUGGAAUGAGGAACCCUUUGUCUUUGAGAAGAUCCUGUUGCCAGAGAUGGCUUCUCUUAGGCUUGUGGUGCAUGACGAGAGCGGGAAAUUCCUCGGGCACAGAAUAAUCCCUAUUUAUGCCAUACAGUCAGGCUACCAGCACAUCUGCCUCCGCAGUGAGAGCAACGUGCCCCUCACCCUGCCGUCCCUGUUCGUGUACAUCGAGGUGAAGGACUACAUUCCUGCUGCUUUUGCGGAUUUCAGCGACGCCUUAUUCAACCCGACAAAAUCCUCCGACAAGCCGACCAAGUCUUCUGAGUAUACUAGCCCCUAUGAGUUGCCCUUUCAGCCACUUCCUGGGGCAACAGAAGAGAAGGUGGAGCUCCCCGGUGCACAGACGGACGCAGGGGCAGAGACUGAAACAUCUACCCCUCCCCCAGAGGGCACUAGCCUUCAAAAUGGGGUUGACACUUCUGACACAUCAGAAGACAACAUCCAAGAUCCUGGCUCUUGUACUACGCCAAAAGAGGGUUGUGUUUCAUCUGUGGAACCUACCCCAGCUGGAAGCGAUGCAACUGAAUCUGCACCCGCAGAUGAACCUGAAGAAAGCCUCCUUGUCACAGCAGACUCCUCCCCAGAUGCAGAAGCUCCACCCACCACAACUCAAAUCCCAGAUUCUGACCCCACUCCAGAAGCAGAAGCUCCACCCACCACAACUCAAAUCCCAGAUUCUGACUCCACCCCAGAAGCAGAAGCUCCACCCACCACAACUCAAAUCCCAGAUUCUGACCCCAACCCAGAAGUAGAAGCUCUUGCUGCUGAUGUUGCCCCAAAUCUUGAUGUUGACUCUAGCCAGGAUGUCUGCCCCAACCAAGACAGCUCCCCCACAGAUGAGCCCUCAGUUCCAGAUAUUACCCAGGAGUCUGCUGUGGCCUGUACUGACAUAAUGGACCUUUGCAUAUCAACCGAAGCUGCACCUUCGGUAGAUUCUGAAGCAAACCCUUCCUCUGACUCCUCAUCUGAUGCCUCAAUCCCAAAUAAAGAGAAGCCUCCUUCAACAGACUCAGUUUCAGAGCUCUCAUCUGUGAGCAUAGAGGAGCUGACACAACACAAGAGCUUCGUCAAGGUAACCAAGAGACAGGAGAAAGAGAUAAAGGAGCUGGAGAAGAAGAACCAGAAGAAAGGAGAAGAACUGAUUCAGAAAUACAGAGACAUGUUCAAGUCCAUCAGGAAGAAGAACUCAGUGAAGAAGAAAGAGGCUGACAUGGUUGACCUGGGUGACAAGGUGACAGAGCUGAAGGUGAAGCUGCAUGCAGACCUCAAAGGCUUGCGUGAAGAUCAGUAUGAGCUUGUGAAGAAGAAGAAGGAGCAGCACACUACUGAGCAAUUAGCGAAGCUGCUGGAGAUCGCCAAGGAGAGGCACACGAGCGAAGCCAAGGUCUUACGAGAGUGUCGAGAGAGGGAAGUCAAAGAUAAGAAGAAGAAGUUGGCGUCCUCUGGCAAGUCAGGCUCGGGGAAGGGCAGGACACAGAAAGGAGACGAUGGAGGACAGUCGGAGGAGCAAGCGAAUCAAGACCUCUCAGAUGGGUAUGCUGUACAGCAGGAGCUACUCGAGAAGAAGCAGGGAGUCACUGUAGAGCAGAUCAAAGAGCAGAGCAACCAGCUCAACCAGCAGGCCCUGGAAGAGUACCAUAACAAGAUAAGGACACUUCCCAAUGACCUGCGUGACGCCGUAAACGCUUGUGUAGGAGAACACUUUCCUGAGCAGGUGGACCAGGGCUCCACGGUGCAGCCAGAAGGUGGCCCCUAUGGCAGCAUAUUCCUGGGUUAGGCCAACAAUCCAUCUCCCUGGACAGCAACCCCGUCUGAUCUGCUGGAGGUUUUUGGUAGCCUUAUAUUUAUAUUUCAGAGCAUCUAAUCGUGUGACGAUGACAUGGGAGACAGCCACGAAGGCCCGAAAUAUAUUUUUAUUUUAACGUAAGUUGUCAUUCCACUAAACAACAACAAAAGUCCCAUAUAAUGUAAAUAAGUGAAACAAACAUGCAGUGAAAAAACAUGCUCCUCUCUUAAAGCCUGUGUAUGUCUAAGUGCCUUCACUGGGUGCAUAACACUUGUCAGCGGGUGACAGUCCAGGGAGGGGGGUGACAAGGGCUCAAUAAAAACCUCCUUUCAGAGCAGGCGCUGAUCUGAGGCAGUGAGUCAGCCUGUCACACUGAGGCUCAGCCCAUUGCAAAGAUCACUAAUAAUUUUCCUUCCUGACAGACAAACUCUGAAAUUAUGUUUGUUUUGUGAGACUAAAGAUGGAAUCCAUUUACAGGGUUUUUGAGUACUGAAUAACUUGCUACUGGUUGACAGGACUUUUUGUCCACGGAAAUGGUAAAAAUUCAAAAAACGAAAGCCGGAAUUCAAGAAGGCCUUGACUCAAGAUGAUUUCAGAUAAUACUGGACUUUGUGAACUUCCUCUUCCUGUUUUUUAUUUUUUUUUUAAGUAGGAUGCAACUGGCAUGAUGAACAGUCACGGGCCUUAAAAACACUGCUGUAAACACUACAGUCAGAAUGUCAAUGGGCUGUUGGGUUGUGAAUCUCGGAUUUUAUUAAUAUUUUUCUAUACUGUACACCAGUAGAAUGUACUGUACAACAGUAGUGCCUGUGUUAUACUUGCCAUACAGGUUAAUCGACUCUAAUCACCAUAUAGCAGACUUGAAAUUAUUCUUGGUUGUCAGUUUUGCCUCCCUUCUGUCAGGAUAAUCCAUGUAACGUGGGGACAGAAGUGCAAAAAACACUAAAUACUACUAAUUUGUCUUUUGUUUGUCAUGUACCUUCAUGUUUUAGUUUUAUAUUUAUAUUUAAUGGAUUAAUAAUUAAGUAGCUGUUUCGGUUCUUAGAAAUUAUUUGAGAAAUGUUAUGGAUUCGGGGGAGACAUUGCACAGCGUGCGCACUUUGAUUCUAAUGCUGUCUCUUUGAACUAUCAAAUUUGUACACGAACACAAAUAAAGUUAAUAAACACUAACCACAUAUACAGGCAGGGUUGUUCAUUUGUGCUUGACUGAUAUUUGCCUGGCUGGUACAUUCGCUGCUUUUCCAUUUGUUUUGAGUGCACAUGUGACCACGUGAGAGUGAUUACGUGGAACACAUCUGACAAAAACACACCAGAGUUGUUUUGCCUUGACCUUCGGCCUGUACUGUUCGCAUGAAUGCUUUUCCUAGAGGAUUAUUUUUCUAAUUUUGAAUUCACUUAUAAUCGCUGGUUGUAGCCUUUACCGUGCCUGCAUUGGUGCAAAGAAGUACAGAAAUACAACAUGUUAUA